AAACACGUUCAAAUAGACCACCACGUACUUGUCUCUUCUGCAAACACAUUCCCAGAAAACAGCAAGCAAUUAAAGCCGAAAAAGCAAUAUCACAAUCAAUUCUUCUUUUUCUCUACCCAACACUCUCACAACAACAUCCAAACAUGAAUUUAACCCAAUUUCCUAAACUCUAUAAAAUCCAACACAAUCACAAACAUCAAUAACAACAAUUGUGUCUUGUUAUUGUUACCAUGUUUCAUUACAAACUCAUUGUCCUAUCAUUUCUCAUUACUCCUAUUGUUUGUUUCGUGAUUCGUUGGCUAUUAUUCAAAACUGGAUUAAUAUAUGUCACCAAGAAACUCCACAGAAAACUACAAGAUUGUUUUUAUGUUUAUCAAUACCUUAAAGUCCCAGAAUUGAACGAAAACAUGCAACGGAAUGAGUUAUAUCGUAAAGUUUCUCUCUAUUUACAUUCUCUUCCUUCUCUUGAAGAUUCUGAUUUCACGAACCUCAUUACCGAUCAUAACCAAAACGACAUCGUUUUAUCUCUUGACUCUAAUCAAAUCAUUGAAGACCGUUUUCUCGGUGCUAAUCUCUUUUGGUUCAACCAAAAAACCGAACCGGGUCAAACCGGUGUGUUCGUUCUCAAAGUCAGAAAAACCGAUAAACGGAGAAUCCUCAGAAGCUAUCUGCGGCACAUUCACGACGUCGCCGACGAGAUAAUGAAACGCGAUUUGCGCUUGUUCGCUAAUGUCACCGACGGGGAAACGAGAUGGAAAUCUGUUUCGUUCAAUCAUCCUGCAACGUUUGACACCAUGGCGAUGGAAACUGAUCUCAAGAACAAAAUCAAAUCGGAUCUCGAAUCGUUUCUCAAAGCGAAGCCGUACUACAGACGACUCGGCCGCGCGUGGAAACGGAGCUUCUUGUUGUACGGUCCUUCCGGUACUGGCAAAUCGAGCUUCGUCGCUGCAAUGGCGAAUUUUCUUUGUUAUGAUGUAUACGACGUUGAUCUUUCUCAGGUUCGUGGUGAUUCGGAUUUGAAGUUUCUCUUACUCGAAACAACGCCGAAAUCGAUCAUCCUCGUGGAGGAUCUCGACAGGUUUCUGACGGGGGAAUCGGGGGUUACGGUGGCCGGGAUACAGAAUUUCAUGGACGGAAUCUUAAGUUCGUGUUGCGGCGAAGAGAGGAUUCUGGUUUUCACGAUGAGCAGUAAGGAAAAUAUUGACCCGAUUUUUCUCAGACCGGGUCGGGUCGACGUUCAUAUCCAUUUCUCAUGGUGUGAUUUCUCAUCGUUCAAAACGCUAGCGUGUAAUUACCUCGGAGUGAAGGACCACAAACUGUUUUCGCAAGUGGAGGAAAUUUUCCGGAACGGUGCGAGUUUAAGCGCGGCGGAGAUCAGCGAGUUGAUGAUCGCGAAUCGGAAUUCGCCGAAUCGGGCUAUUAAAUCGGUUAUCGGGGCGUUACAAAUGGACGGUGAUGGGAGAGGGUGUGGGGAUGUGAUCGUACGGCAGGUAGAGGGUAAUGACGUGGAGGAAUCUCAAAAACAAGGUUCUCGUUGUGGAGGGGAUGGAAUCUCAACGGUUAAGGAUUUGCGGAAAUUCUACGGUUUGUUUAGAUCAAGGAAUGGGAAAAGAAAUCGAACGGCUAAUUUAGCUCUCAAUGAUGAAGGAUGAUAAUUAGAAAAUUGGGAUUUUGUUCAUUAUGGCAAAUUAGUUAGUGCAUUUUAGUGUUUGGAUUGGGAUUCUUUUGGAAGAAAUUAUUUGGUUGGGGGGUUUUAGGUGGAAAUGUAAAUAUUAGGAUUGAUUAUGGUUAAGAUCAUGAUUGAUACAUUUGAAAGCUUUUGAUGUAAUGGCAAUAGGAAAACUUUUAUGUAUAGUUUGGCCUAUAAAAAACACCUUCUGUAGUUUAUUUGAGAA